AUGGACCAUUGGUGGGUGCGCUUCUUUUUGUUUUUUGGCUUUUGGGUACUAGUAGCUUUCAGUGAUCAAGAUGGUUUCUUGAGCUUAUCUUGUGGUGGAACGACCAAUUACACUGACACAUCUGGUAUCUCAUGGAUCCCAGACAGUGCAUACAUAAGCAUAGGAAACACAACUUCCAUUGACUACACAGAGAACUACUCUUCAUCAACUGUCCCAGCUCGGUUUUUCCCGCUUUCGCAAGCUCGAAAUUGUUAUAGAUUACCGGUAAAAAACAUGUCAUCCUUGGUUCUUGUUAGAGCUGAGUUUGUGUACAAAAACUUUGAUGGGCGUGGGAAGGCCCCAGCAUUCUAUGUGUCCCUAGGAACGGCUAUUCUUGGCAAAAUGGACAUGGCUAAAAAUGAUCCACUUAUAGAAGAGUUUGUCUGGCCGGUGAACAAUAAGGAAACGCUGUCGUUUUGUUUGCUUGGUGGUGGUGUUAGGCAUAAGGGGUCUCCUGUUAUUUCCUCACUCGAAGUCAGGCCACUGCCUGAAGGAGCUUACACAAGUGGCUUGAGAGAUUUCCCUAAUAAGUCACUUAGGAAGAGUUACCGAAUCAACUGUGGUUACACAAAUGGAUCACUUCGGUAUCCUUCUGAUCCAUAUGACCGAAUAUGGGAUUUUGAUAACAACUUUACACCAUCUCAUGUCUCAACUGGGCUGAAGAUUAAACUUAGCUUCAGUAGGUCUCAAACUCUUAAGGAGAGUCCCCCACCUAGCAUUCUUCAAACUGCGAGAGUCUUGGCAAGAAGAGAAGUCAUGACAUAUAAUUUGCCUUUUGACACGCUCGGAGACUAUUAUAUUAUCCUCUAUUUUGCUGGGAUUCUUCCUGUUUCCCCUUCUUUUAAUGUAAUGAUCAAUGGGGAAAUUGUACGGUCAAACUACACUGUGAAAACUUCAAAAGUUACUGCUUUAUAUUUAACAAGGAAAGGAAUAAAGAGCUUGAACAUCACACUCAAGAGCACAAGCUUCUAUCCUCAAGUCAAUGGAAUUGAAGUGUAUGAGAUUAUUGAUAUUCCCUUGGAAGCUUCAUCAACCACAGUGUCAGCUCUUCAGGUUAUUGAGCAAUCUACUGGUUUAGACCUUGGAUGGCAAGAUGAUCCAUGCUCUCCUACGUCAUGGGAUCACAUAGGAUGUGAAGGAAGCCGUAUCACAUCAUUGGAACUCCAAAAUAUCAAUCUGAGGUCAAUUAGUCCAACAUUUGGUGACUUGCUGGAUCUUAAAGCACUGGAUUUGCAUAAUACGUCGCUUGCUGGUGAAAUCCAGAAUCUGGGUAGCUUGCAACGUCUUGAGAAAUUAAAUCUGAGUUUCAAUCGUCUAACAUCCUUUGGUUCAGAACUGGAGAACUUGGUUAGCCUUCAAAUUCUGGACUUGCAGAAUAAUAGUUUAGAAGGAACAGUUCCAGACAACUUGGGAGAGUUAGAGAACCUUCAUUUAUUGAAUCUGGAAAACAACAAGCUUCAAGGUGCCCUUCCAACAUCUUUGAACAGAGAUACUUUGGAAAUUAGAACAUCAGGAAAUCUGUGUCUUUCUUUCUCCACGAUGACGUGCAAUGACGUGUCAUCCAACCCCUCAAUUGAGACGCCCCAAGUCACCAUCUUCACCAAAAAGCGGCACUCAGCUUCUUCUGGUUUAGACCACUUAGCCAUUAUACUCGGCGUUACUGGUGGAGCCUUGCUUGCUUUCUUCUGUAUCAUCAUUUUGAUACUCUUGUACAUGAGGAAGAAGAGAAGGUCUCAAGUUACAUACACAGGAAGGGCGACAGCAGAUAUUCGAAACUGGAAUCCAGAAAAGGUUUUCACUUACAAGGAAAUAAAAGCAGCAACCAACAAUUUCAAGGAGGUUAUUGGGCGUGGUAGCUUUGGAUCAGUUUACUUUGGGAAGCUGCGAGAUGGGAAGCUCGUGGCUGUGAAAGUGCGGUUUGAUAAGACUCAACUUGGAGCUGAUUCUUUUGUCAAUGAGGUGUGUCUCUUGUCACAAAUUCGCCACCAAAAUCUUGUGUCUUUGGAAGGGUUUUGCCACGAAUCAAAGCAACAAAUACUUGUUUACGAGUAUCUUCCUGGAGGAUCAUUGGCUGACCACCUCUAUGGUACAAAUAGUAGAAAAGUUUCACUGAGCUGGGUUCGCAGACUGAAAAUUGCUGUGGAUGCUGCAAAAGGACUGGACUAUCUCCAUAAUGGAAGUGAACCGAGAAUUAUACACCGCGAUGUCAAGUGUAGCAACAUUCUUUUGGAUGUGGAGAUGAAUGCAAAAGUUUGUGAUUUUGGCCUCUCUAAGCAAGUGACUCAGGCAGAUGCAACCCAUGUGACCACAGUAGUCAAGGGCACUGCUGGUUAUCUCGAUCCCGAAUACUAUUCCACCCAACAGUUGACAGAGAAGAGUGACGUAUACAGCUUUGGAGUUGUGCUUCUUGAGCUUAUUUGUGGGCGAGAACCACUGACCCACUCUGGAACUCCUGACUCUUUCAAUUUGGUUUUAUGGGCCAAGCCAUACUUACAAGCAGGUGCAUUCGAGAUAGUGGACGACAGCUUGAAGGGAAGUUUUGAUGUGGAGAGCAUGAGAAAAGGAGCCUCGGUUGCUAUUAGGUCAGUGGAGAGAGAUGCAACAAGGAGACCUACAAUUGCUCAGGUGUUGGCUGAGCUCAAAGAAGCCUACAGUCUUCAGUUAUCUUAUCUGGCAUCUCACGACAUGUGAGUUGAUGACGCCCUGUUGGAGA